GCUGGCAGGAUCAGGGGCUGUGCGAGCGCCAGGGCAGGCGGCAGCGGCAGCAGCAGCAGCAUGUGUGCGGUGUCUGGGGUCCAGGGCACGAGAACCACGUAAGGUGCCCACCGGAGCCUCCCUCCUCACCCGCCUCCGCGGCCCCCGGCAGAAACUUCACGACUCCCCCACGCGCGGUCCGGGCUUCUCCGGAGGGGCUUGGCAGCGACAGCCGCAUGCAUGACACUCCGAAAAGGAGAGAAAAUGACCAUAAGUAUCCAGGAGCACAUGGCUAUUGACGUCUGCCCCGGCCCCAUCAAACCCAUCAAGCAGAUCUCCGACUACUUCCCCCGCUUCCCCCGCGGGCUCCCCGCCGCCGUCGGCCGCAGCGGUGCCCUGCGCCCCGCCGUCAGCCAGCCCUCCGUGAGCCCCGCCGAGGGACCCCGGGAGGAUGAUGAGGACGUGGACCAGCUUUUUGGAGCGUACGGCACGACGCCCGCCGAGCAGCCGGCCAAGAGCCAAGCGCCCGAGGAGGUGGUGGACCCCGAGGGCUACGAGUCCGACGACUGCACCACGCUCGGGACGCUGGAUUUCAGCUUGCUCUACGACCAAGAGAACAACGCUCUCCACUGCACCAUCAAUAAAGCCAAGGGCCUGAAGCCGAUGGACCAUAACGGUUUGGCUGAUCCAUACGUCAAAUUGCACUUGCUUCCCGGAGCCAGUAAGGCGAAUAAGCUGAGAACCAAAACGCUGCGCAACACUUUGAACCCCACCUGGAACGAGACGCUCACCUACUACGGCAUCACCGACGAGGACAUGAUCCGCAAGACCCUGCGGAUCUCGGUCUGUGACGAGGACAAGUUCCGCCACAACGAGUUCAUUGGGGAGACGCGGAUCCCGCUGAAGAAACUGAAGCCCAACCAGACCAAAAACUUCAACAUCUGCCUGGAGAAGCAGCUGCCGAUAGAUAAAACAGAGGACAAGUCUCUGGAGGAGCGUGGCCGGAUCCUCAUCUCCCUCAAGUACAGCUCCCAGAAGCAGGCGCUCCUGGUGGGCAUCAUCCGCUGCGCCCACCUGGCUGCCAUGGAUGCCAACGGCUACUCCGACCCCUACGUCAAAACAUACUUGAAACCAGAUGAGGACAAGAAAUCAAAGCACAAGACGGCAGUGAAGAAGAAAACACUGAACCCCGAGUUCAACGAGGAGUUUUGCUAUGAGAUAAAGCACGGCGACCUGGCAAAAAAGACCUUGGAAAUCACCGUGUGGGACUAUGAUAUCGGGAAAUCAAACGAUUUCAUAGGCGGAGUGGUGUUAGGAAUUAAUGCCAAAGGCGAGCGGCUGAAGCACUGGUUCGACUGCCUGAAGAACAAGGACAAGAAGAUCGAGCGCUGGCACACGCUAACGAACGAGCUGCCGGGCGCCGUCCUCAGCGACUGAGCUCCGACGGGGCCGCUCCCGGGCGGCCACGGCUCCGCCACGGCCUUUGGACUCCUCUCCUUUACGGCUUUGGAUACGGGGGGAUCGCGGCACCGGGGGCGGCCGGCAGAGCGGGACACCCCACGGCCCGGCCUGGCUGCAAGGGAAACCCUUCCCGGGGGAGAUGGCAGCGGCGCUUGGCUCCGCUCAGCC